ACUCAACUAGAAGGCGCCCCCGGCUGCAUGAUUUCCAACACUCGUUUCUUGUUCCGCUGUUCGCAGGCUGACUUCAUGGUGGCAUGAAGUAGUCACACUCACUUUGAAGUCACGACGUUACACACCAACGGUGGUAACGACACCGCUGGCCGGACUACGUAUAUACACGACCGACUCGAGUCACUUGAUCCCCGGGUAGUCUGCACACCAUGCAGCCCGGCUUUACCCUCGCGCCUCGCGACCCGUUUGCAGAUGCAAAGCAGACGUUGUCAUCAUGGGACAACUGCAUGGCAAAGGACUACUGCAAAUGGCCAGUCAUAGUCGCCAUUAUCCUGGGUGGUAUCAUUGCGUUCAGCGUGGUCUUCUGCAUAGCACGCUGCAUCUGCUGUGGUGCUGACGACUCGGGACACAAGCGUAUGAAGAGCGAGAACCAAGGCUACCCCCCACCCCAGCCGUAUCCUCAGCAACCUUACGCCUCGCCGAACCCCUAUGCAGAAGCGCGCUCUUUCGCACCACCCCCUCCGCCUCCGCCGCAGAUCAACACGCAGUACCAGUCGCAUGAGACGCCGACAUUGACUCGGCAGCCGACUAACCCAAGCUUCAACCCGCAAACGAACCCCAAGUUCGCCCGCCCUGCCUCACCUAAGCAACCGCAGUAUGCGACAUUCGAUGCGCACAGCAAGCCUGUGAACGAAGAUGCGCUACCCGCGAUGCCAAGCUGGAACAAUGCGCGAAGCGUGCAGGUCGAGGUUGAGGAGGACGCUGUGCCAGAGAGGCGGGGCGAUGUCGAGAUGGACAGAUUGAACCACAACGGCAGCGUACCGAACACAUCAACCGCAGGCGUCGCCGCAGGCGCAGUAGGAGCAGGAAUGCGGGGAUCGCCAGGGCCAGGAAGAAGCCCAGUAUCGCCAGUGCAAGGCAGCAAUGCAUACGGCUUCCCAGCAGGCUACCAGAACCAAUACGACCGCAGAGGCUCGCCAGCACAGAACCAAAACAUGUCGCCAGCGUAUGGCGCGAACGCUGGCUAUGCGCAGAACGACUACAACCGAGGACCUUCACCAGCGCAGUCGUACAGCCAGUACAGCCAAGCUUCAGACCCCUACGACCGCCGCUCACCCGUCCAAAAUCAAGCAUACAACCAACCCUACAACACUAUUGCGCAACAAAACCCCUACAACGCACCCUCGGAGCGCUACAAUUCCCCCGCCCCACCAAGCUACCACACAACAGCAAACCCAUACUCGUACGCCCCAGCACCAUUCCAGCCGUACGACCAGCCAAGGAGUAACACACCUGGACAUGGCAACGGGAGCGGGAACGGAGGAUACGACCCGGUGCCGAACAGAAGUCAGGCAGCCACGCCGAGUGCAUACCCGGGCCAGCAAACCUAUCAGGCAUUCCAACCACAGGGUGUGCAGGGGCAACAGUACUCGGGGAUCGCGAGGAAGCCGGUUGAGGGGAGCUUGAGGGAUGUACUCAGGGGAUUCACUCAUCCACUCGGAGCAAGAGAACCUGUGAGAGCUACUACCACAACGUUACCGCAAAACAAGGACAUGCUUGCAAUCUUGAAUGCGUGCGGCACGGUCCUGCUCAACUCGGCGUUCGCGGGUCGCCCAGAGCAGGUUGAGAUCGUCAAGCUUGCGACGCUCGCUAUCGAUCUUUUCAACGGCCUUGUGCCCGGCCUCGGCCCUUCUCUGGAAACUUGGUACCUUCUAAUGAUCAGAGACGAUGUGGGAUCGCUCAUGCUAUCUGCUGUUGAUGGCUUUUCAGAAGAUUCGAGGUGCAAUCAGCAACCGCACAUUUACAUCCUCAAACGCGACAUGGCUGCCUGGCGAGAAUGCUUCAACAAGAAAAUCCCAGCCCGAACCCUAGCUCAGGUGAAGUCUCUAACAUCCACUGGAACGCAGCACGUCGAGCUACCGAUGGAUAUCCAAAGACACCAGAUUGCUGAACGCCUUAUAAGUCUCCAUGCGAACAGCGAGGCGCUCGUUCAUCAGCUGAGACAAGCUCCUCGCCCCACAAGGUUCUAUCGUGAAGCAGAGUACAUGGGCGGCCUGUACUACACCGACUAUCAGGUAAACUACACUGGAUGUGCUUAA